UCACAGUCAUUUCACAGUUUACCCAGAUUUCAAAUUGUCGACUGAAAUGCACAGUGCAAAAUGCAAGAUUCGCUGGACUUUCGUCGAACACUUGCUACUGUGGUGAUAUUGUAAUUGGCACAGCAUCACCAAAUUCGAGCGACUGUAAUGAACCGUGUCCCAACAGAAACAAAGUGAGUCCCUAUUAUUGUGGAGGACCCAACGGUCAACUCUCUGUCUACACAUCUAGAGAGAAAAUGAGUUCUUUUAUCAGUGUUGGAGCCUUAAACUUCUCAUUGAGAACUGCUGUGUAUGGAAACGAGGAAUUGGCCUGCAAGCAACUCUGUUCGGGUGCAAAUGCGUAUUAUGCCUUAGUACAACUUGGAGAGUGCAUGUGUACUAACACGACAGACAAUGGAGAGUUUGUCCAGCCCAAUUCCACAGCUGCAUCUGAGGAUUUGAUAACCAUGCAUAAUCUAGCUUUGUACCUGUGGCGGGAAAAAACAUGUGAGAAAUUGUAUGAAAAGCAAGUUCGAAACAACGGCUGGUACUACAUGCAGGAGAAUGACGCACCUGUAUAUUGCAGUUUUGCAGAUGGCACUCCUUGUGAAGAUGGAUGGGUUGGAUACGCAGGGAGCUGUUACUGGUUUGAAAUGCAAUACAUGAACUUUGAUGAUUCUUUGUCCGAGUGUUUGUCCAAAAAUUCUUCACUUGCUCCCCUGCGAAACAAGGAUAUAAUGUCCUUCGUGGAUGGUUUUAUUAAAGAUUUUCAUUCGGACCUGUAUCAGGUGAUGUGGCGCUUUGGUGCUACUGAUGUUCACUCUAUGUCGUCCUAUGAAUGGUUAGAUGGCAGCCUGAGUGAUGAGUUUUUCUAUAGGUCUGGCUUUCCAGCCUAUGAUUACUAUGAUUGCUUAUAUUUACACAAAGGAUCUUGGAUCGACGGUCAUUGUGUCACUGAAACUCCAUUUAUCUGUAGUAAAGAACAAGGAAUGUUCAGAUGCGUUGAUUUUGAUGAGGGUAACAAUCCAGAUGUUGAAGUGUCCAAACAAACAAAUGCACAGAUGAACAGACAGCUGUGUAUUCAAAUUUGUGGUGGACAGCUCUCCGUGAACGCCUUGCUGAAGAAGAAGGACUGUUUGUGUACCAACACGAGUAUUGAGUCACGUGUGACCUACUUACCUGAGUCAGAAUGUAGGUCACCUUGUCCAGGAAAUGAACACCAGCUCUGUGGAGGGAAUAAUAACAAAUAUAGCUAUAAAAACGGUUUAAAUAAUAUAAGAGCUGCAAAUUGUAAAGUCCUUGAAAGACAAGGAAUUGGUGACAUUAAUGUUAUGUUAUUGAAUUCAUCACAACCGACAUUUUGUCCAAAUCCAGAAUGCCCGUUUUCAUGGAUAAAGAGGCCGGGAUAUUCUUCAUGCUACAAGUUCGCUCUCUCAGUGAGCCGCGUUCGGUCAGCUUUAGAGUACUGUUCUUCCCAUUCAGCGUCAUUGGUCUCUGUUGAUGAUCUCGAAGAACUGGAAUUUCUGCAAGGCUUAAUCACGAACGUUCAGUCCGAUUCAUCGACAUCCAAUUGGAUAAUAGUGUUUGACAGCAGAAGGAUGAACAUAGGAUGA